AUGAGUAGACAAGUUCCAAGACUGCAAUUGUUCGGCGGCGACCACCGGUCAAGCGCUUGGUUCGGGCUGGCCAAACUACUGAUGCACGACGAGUACCUACGCGUCGAGGCGAUCCGGCGAAGCAGACGUGGAAGGGCAAAGCGCGCAAGCCAGAGUGUGGCUACGCAGACUUCAGCUGCUGAAGGCAAUGUUCCCAACGUCCCUGCUGGUUCUGAUGCCGAUGCAGGCACAGGAGAUCCUCCUGCUAUCGCUGGCGGUGGUGAUGCUGCUGGUGAUGCUGCUGCUGGAAGUCCCAGCUCCGAAGAAAAUGAAGCAGACGGAGGUUCUGGUGAGGAGGGUCGUGAACAUGGAGUGGAUGACGAGGCUGAAGGGGAUGGUCGUGGUCGUGGCCGUGAGUCUGAUAACCACUCUCUAGGAGUGGAUUCACAUGAGGAUACUGAAGCGAGCGGCAGUCCUGGUGCAUCUAGAGAAUGA